GCACGCCAGAUAGCCGACUUUGCGUCACCUUACAGCCAGAGAGUUCACUGCUUUCGCUUUCGUUUAGCAAAGCAACAAAGAAUGCGGGAAACGGAUUGCUUCUGUUUGGGAAGAGGAUGGCAUGAGGCUGCUCGUCUUUCUCCGGCUCCCUCCCUCCUUCCCACUCCCCUCUAUCCCCUUCGCCAUGUGUAUUGGCCCUGUGCUCGUGUGUUUCAAAUUCAUCCGGCGGCCCUAUCUUCUGUGUAUCGUGCUCUCCGAGGUUGAUGUUGCAAGGAGCUGACGUGUGGCAGAAUCGUGCUGGCGGGUAGAAUGGCGUGCUGUGGAAGAGGGGUCACCAUGGCCGUUCGCUCGGAGCGCGCAGCGAAUCGCUGAGCGCUGUCGGAACAGCAUUGACUAGAUGGCGUCGUUGAAGCAGUGACGAAAGGUUGCUGUGUCGCCCUGCUGCUUGGAGCCAUGCAUCCUCAUCGGCAAGGCGCUUUGCAUGCAUGGCUGGUUGGCGGUGUAAAUGUCUCUCCAUGCGGCAGGUGGGUGCUGGGCAAAAAGGUUGGCGGUGAUGUCGAACAGCUCGAGAAGUGAAACGGGAGAGUGAAGAAUAGGAAAGGGAGAUGGCAGAGAUCUCCGACGUCCAUCCUCCUCCCCCCUCUUUCUCUGAGGAAGGGGUCUGUGUAUGUCAGCAGGACUGAACGCCUCUCAGCGGAUGCAUGCCGAGCACGGAAGCGUGGACGCCGUCUCUCCUCUUCUGUGAUAAAAUGAUGAGAAUGUGCAUGGAGGGCGACCUCUCUGUCUCGGUGAUUGGUUGUGUAAUUCCAUGCCGCGUGAAGAGGACCUUAGGUUUUGAAGCGAAUGUAUUCACGAUGAUCAUUAUAGCGUGACACUCCACCGCGCGUGGGGUUUGGCGCGGCGGGGUACUUGCCUACGGCCCCGCAGAAUGAUAGAAAUGGAAUAGUGAAGGGCGGAUGAGAGUGAGAGGGCGUCGCUCGCAUCUGCUUAUGGCGGUGGCGGCAAAACGCACGAAAGGCAGGGCAUUGAAAAUCUGUCAAUAAAUGAAAACGCCGGAGAAUGCUUCCCCGAUCAUAGAAAAAAGAGAGAGAGAGAGAGAGAGAGAGAGAGAGAGAGAGAGAGAGAGAGAGAGAGGGCUUUGCUUAGAUUUGCUUUUAGCGGCGGCGUAAAAACGCACGACAAGCAGGCCAUUGGAAAUCUGUCAAUAAUUGAAUUCGCCAUAGAAUGCUCCGCGAUCAUAGGAAAAAAGCGGGGGAAGAGAGAGAGAGAGAGAGAGAGAGAGAGAGAGAGAGAGAGAGAGAGAGAGAGAGAGAGAGAGAGAGAGAGAGUUUUCGGCUUCGGCUUGCCGGUCCGCGGGGAAGCGAGGUAGGCGGUCAGGCGGCGGGCAAUCAGCCCUCGAAUCCCAAUUGGCACGAAGCUCACCAUGGAGGACGCCAGGGGUAACGGGGAGUACGGUGCUGCGGGAGAAGCGGUCAUUGAAGAACCCAGGGUGGCGGAAGAGGGGGCACGGGGCCUGGUGAGAAUAGACGGAGGGGGAGGGGCGGGAGGGGGAGGAGGGGGAGGAGGGGCUACUAGAGAUGGAGACAGCCGUAGAUGGGUUCUCGGCGGCGGACGAGGAGGCGCAGAUGACUGCGCCAGUGCUCGGAUACAGGAUGGUGCCGCCUCUUUGAACUGUCGAGCAGGGGCGGGAGGGGGAGUAGGGGGAGGAGGGGCGACUAGAGAUGGAGACGGCCGUGGAUGGGUUCUCGGCGGCGGACGAGGAGGCGCAGAUGACUGCGCCAGUGCUCUGAUACAGGAUGGUGCGGCCCCUUUUAACUGUCGAGCUCCGUCCAAAUUGCCGUCGUCGCCAUUUUCCUCUUCCUCCUCCGAGGAGGAGAGGGAGGAGGAGAGGAAGAAGUUCUCGUUUCGUAAUAGGAGGGGGUACCAAAACUACCGCUCGCAGAUAGGGGCCAGCAGCAGCAGCAGCAGCAGCAGCAGCAGCAGCUUAGUCCGGAGCAGUCGAGACGAGGACCCUGGAGUCGCCCGAAGUCAAAGGGCGAUGGCUGAUGCUGGGAGGAAUGAUCAGCUCCGGCACGAUAGGUGUUUCGGAGGGCGAGUGCCUGGACCUCAUGUUGACUGCGACGGCAUCCCCCAUGAUGGCGACGAGGACGAAGAUCGACGGGAAGGGUCGGCUUGGCAAGCAACCAGCAAUCUUGGUUGGGAGUCGCGUUCCGCCGCCGGAACGGGCUCUUCACGGGAUCGGGAUAGGAGUCGAAGCCAUCGACUUAGAGGAAUCCUCCCGUUACUGGAGAGGUAUGACGGCGGGAGGAAAACCACGGGCCUUCCUCCCAGGUUACCGGCUAGAGCAGGGCCGACCUCAACACCACCCGGUUUAGCAGGUGGCAGCCGUAGCCCGUCAGAACGUAGCAGCGAUGGGGUUAUGGGGCGAAAUAUCGAUAACAAGGCAAGGCGAAGCGAGUCAAGUAACAAUAACAGAGAGAAAAAUCGGGCGGACGUGGAGCUAAACGCUUGUUCUUCUCCGGCUUGUUCUCUCCCUCUCUCGACUUCGUCAUCGUCUUCGUCUGUGGCUAACAGCUACGGGUCGUCUAGUGUGGCUUCGACGUCGAAGAGCAGUGACGAGGGGGGGUGGGACUGCUUCGAUCGCUCUGGAGGGGGAGGGGAUCAACGCCUUGCCUCUGGUUUGAGAGCAGUGGGCGAGGUCUAUGGGAGAGCGCCUGCGCUCCCUUGGGCAUACGUGGGAGGGGCUUCAAGGAAUAACGACGAGGGGUUGAUGGCGGGAACCGGAGGCGGGAUGCUCAAUCAAGGAGGAGCGGGGGAGGAUCGCGAUGGUGGGUGCCGUCGACGAUCGCUCCUGCAUUCGAGAUCGUGUGGACAGAUGGGUGUGACUGUUGGGGGGAGGGGCAGUGGUCGGGUUGCCAGUAGAAGUGGGUCGACGAGAGGGAGGAGCUCGGCCUCCAUGGAGGCCGAACUGAGGAAUGAUGGCUUGGCAGGGGAAGCGAGAGAUGGAGGACGCGGUGAUGGUGGUGCUGGGGGUGCUGCUGCUCCUGGCGUUUCUUCGGCUGGGGGGCUGCAGCCCGCUGCCGAGGGAAGUGCCAGGUGUUCCACUAAUCCUAUGGGAAUGGGAGGAGGAGCUGUGGCAUCUUGGGUUCAGACGUUCCAGUGGCAGACAGUCGGGGCGUGCAGAAUGGACGAAAGGCUCAGGCCCUUGCUGAGGUGGAAUCUCUCUUGCGUUGGAGCCGACGGACAGCUGCUCGCAGACCUUGGACAGCACUUCCGUGCGAAGGAGAUGAUGAUGCUCGUACGCUGUCUGUUGGCUCCUCUGGUGUCACUUAGAGCUGGAAGGGUUUCUAGACAUGGUUCCAUGUUAUGUCCCGCUAGCAGCAGAGGGUACUUGAGCCUGAUCAUGCUCCCUUGCUCUGAGCUACGGCUGUACUUCAUUGCAGAUAGAGGUGUGGUAGAAAGGGUUGCAGUGCUCACACUGGGCAUGGAGAGGCCUGGUGCAGAGCUUCAGAUGCUUCAAGGAGAUUGCUCAGGGCGAACCUUCUGUAUUCGUUUGUGUUCAGGGAGAAAAGUGUUCUUCUGGAAUUCGGAAAAAUGCAAAACAUAUGGAGAUGACUUGAUUAGCAAGCUGAAAGAUCUCCUAGGCCAUCCUCCAACAUUGUCACAGCUCACUGGCAUAAAGGACUCGAGACUGGAGGAAUUUGCAGCAUUUGUGAGGACAGCUCUUCUGUCCUCGCCAAACAAUAAUAGCAAUAGGAACAGUAAUAUUAAUAGUGGUGGCACAUCUCAGGCCACAAAUUUGGAUUUGUUAGGAAGUUCCAGAUUAGAUAGCGAUGGGCUUACCGGGGAGCCCAUCACAAAUGAUGUAGCUGAUGCAAAUGUGCCUGAUAGUGGUGACGCACUGACCAGAAGCGAAGUUGAGGCAUCAGGCUGUAGCAGCGGUGAACUGUUGGCCAGUCCCUCAUUUGCCUCCAGUGCUCACCUGCGAACCACUGGAGCUUGUUUCAGCACUGAAAGAAAAAAUGAUCAGAAUGGUACACAGCCUGAUGCUCAGCCCAGCCAACUCUGCCUUGGUCAGACUUCUAGCAUUACUUCUCAGAAUUCCACUCCUGUAUCCUCUCCUCCACGUGUCCCCGGUUUUCUCUCCCGGCCUAUGUCUCCAAGCUUGGCCCUGCCAUUGUCUCCUCCAAACCACCCUUCUGUCUCCUUACCGUCACGUCUGUGGCACAUUCCAUCACUGCCUCUCCAGCUCUCACCGCAUCUCUCCCCGGCGUCUCAAGGGCAUAAUUCAUAUCCCAGAUGUAAAGGGCCGUCUGGCACCGCCAGAAGAUCUCUGUGUUCCUUAAAUGAGAACCUUCAUCAGUCACACUGGCAACGACCGUCAGGGAACUUGAAUGUCUCACCUACUGAAGAUGGGCGGGAGCAUGACACAAAGGAUGUACAUCGGUACGUGGAUGGUUACUAUGGCAGCCAGGGUUGGGUGGACCAGGAAAGCUUCAGUAGUAUGAUUCCGCCACAGCCUCGAUUUCAGUACGUGAGACCGCAGGCUGGGGUCCCUAUGGUAGAACAGAAGCACUGCUUCUCCGCCUUCCCCUUGCCAUCACCACGGUACCAUGAGAACUGUGGCGGAGCCAUGACGUCUCAAGGAUUCCGAGGCUUCGGUGAGGAGCCACUUCAGCGAGGUUGUCUCGGCGGUCACUAUAGAAACCCAGUGGGACAGAAGCACGUUGCCCCUGUGUAUGGCAGGGACCUUGGCGGCGGAAUGGGGUGUGCUGAAUCGACGUGGGAGGGACCUGAUUGGACAGAAUUAUUAUCAUCUGUUCAGCGCGAUUCUGAGGGCAAUUCUCACAGAAGGGAGAUCGGAGUACCUGUAGGUGGGAGAUCAAGGCCAUGGGUGAUGAACGGCAAUUGUGUGGAGGGGGAGGUUGCUGGGAACCGGCUCUUGUGGGCUGCGAAUGGAAAUCAAAACGGCGGAGGUCGGGAACGAGGUGAGUGGCGCAUAGGAGGAGAGGCAGGUAUGAGGGGAAGCUGCUGUAUAUGUGGAGGUUUAGGAGGAAAUGGUGGGCCAGUCGCCAGUUCACAAGGAAUGGUGUCUGCGUCAUCCUCCCCUGAUCCGAUGUUCUAUUCUCCAAAUUCAAGGUUUUUUUUUUUGGGUGCACAGAAACGAGACUUUUGUGCCGACUGCAGCUCGUUGAUGACGAAAAUGAUGUCAGAUAGGGCAGAGUCAUGUAGGCAGGGCGGUUUUGUUGAGCAAAGCAGUUAUUUUCACUCCACAGCAAAAAAUGAGGGACUGAUUGAAGCCUGUCAUCCAAGCUCUUGGGAUAUGCAAAGCCCCUCUGUGGGUAAUGGUGAACGAACCACGUUGGGUACAGGAGCAUCCACGGCUUUUUCAGUGGGAAAGGGCAGCUUGUUGCAGGGUAGAAAUGCUGAUGCUUGUGGUUACACAACGACAACCGCCAGUGAUCCUGUGGACAGAAAACACCCUUCUUGGCACGCUACUGGCGUCUCAUUUGGAAUAGCGGGGUCCAUACUUUUGGAACACAGUUCAUCGUCUGAACCUAGCGCUCCUUCUCAGAUGACUUUGCACCACCAUCAGGCUCUUUCUGAUGUUCACAAGGUGUCUUCACUAUCAUCCGCAGGGCUACAGGAUGGUAUUGGCGGAAGUGUCUCAGCGGUCGAUAUGGGGACUUUGCGCCAGCCGUUACCACCUGCCUGCUACCCAACUCUUUCAUCUGGUUGCACUGCACCUCCUGCCCCCACACCAAUAGGGCUUCCUAUAGGUCCCAGCGCAAGCUCCUCGGUUGCUCAAAGCUCAUGCCUUCCACCACCCUUGGCUUCUCUGUUUCCUGUCCCAACUUUUGAGACUCCAGCACCCUGGGUGGGAUCAUUGAGUGUGGGGGGGGCUCCUCCCAGCCAGUGCACUCUUGGCUGGCAGCGCUACCAUCAGCUUCAUCUCCCUCCGGUCCAAAAGCAACACAACCAGGCCUUGGGCUCCUUUGUACAAGUGCCACAGCCACCAACCAGGGAAAGGCUUCCACUCUCCUGUUCAUUCUUCUCGUUAACUUCACCGCCACCCCCUCUUGCAGGUCCUUCAUCCCCUCCCAAAGGCAUGGGGGCAAUCCCGUUGCCCGGGCAGGCCCAUAUGCCUCUUCAGCCAUCAACACAGGCUGAGCUGCUACUCAAUAGAUGUCUCGUCAGUGCCGACUCUAUUUUGAUGGAUGUCGAUCACGGUAUUAGUCCCUGUCAUGGGUCCAGGUCAUUGCCAGGUGAACAGUUUGGAGGUUACCUGAGCCUAUCUUCUUUGCCGUCAUCUCCACCAUUUUCCAUGUCGUCCAGUUCAUCAGGAAUUGUGCAACAGCAGCGCUGUGCUCAGCCAGGCCAUGUGAGAAGCAUAUCCACGUCGGGUCUGUCAUGUGUGGGGGAAGCUGGCGGGGGACAGGGCAGUGGCAGCCGAAGGGAUGUUGUUGGACGGUUGGGGGCACGGGAUACGCUAGAUGCUAGCCACAACGACUCUUUUGCGGAGUCGAGGCUGCGUCGUUGGCUUGGUUUAGACAGUCUGGCUACGCUUGGCAAUGACAGCGCAGUCAUUGGUGGUGGCAAUGUUGGGCGACAUGUACGGUCUCACUUGUUGCCGGGGGAAUGCCUCCAAGAGGGACGCAACGAGGCUGGAAUGUCCAGUGAGGAGGGCAUUGGGCCUUUGUCUGUUGAGUCUGGGAUGGCCAGGUUGCAUGACGCAGCAGCAGCUUUAACGCAUAUGUCUGGCGUACUCAGUGAGGGAUGUAUGCAAGCUUCAAGAGCUGCGGAAGCAGUUGCCAGAAGAGGAAGCGAGUUACCUCGAAGAUUGAUUUUCAGUGCUGGGGAUGACACCACAGUUUAUGUUGGGGCUCCUCCUAAGCCCAGAGAAACAAAUGAGAAUGGAUUGGAACUAGCUACUGGUCGCUGCGGAUGGCAAGGAUUCGAUUCCACGACAGCUCUUCUUAUCAGAGGGCGAGCAAAUGAAGCUGUGUCUCCUUUUCCUUCGCUUCUCCAAAGUGUGAGAGCUCCCCUCAGAGGAAGGCUCGCGGCUCAUGUUCACCGAAUGUCAUCGCCCCCUUCAAUAUACCGAACCAGGGAGAAAGAGGUGCCAGUCGAUUCCCCUCCGUCAAAUCUUACGGUGUCCCCUUGCACCAACUUUCAGCCUCUCCUAACCUGCCACAUUGCGUCGCCUGAUGGCGCAUCUGUUAGUGGGCCCGAGGGAGCUCCUGCACAAGGUAGAGACACGGGUCCUUUUCCAGACGCUCCGGAUGUGUGGAUGGCUGACAUGGACAGUGUGAAGAAUGUGGAUUGAGCAUUACCAGCCGCAGCAGAUUCCGUAGUUGCCUUGAGGUGCAUCUCCUAAUUGGCUGAGUGGGUACGAAUGAUAGUCCAUGAUUAGCUGCAUGUGUAACCAUGCCUGAUUCCAUAACGAAGGGACUGAAGCUCUCAAAAAGUGUCGGUUGUCAGGCUUGUGCUACCAUGCAUCCUGGGCUCUGAAGAUUGGGAACAAGAAUAUCGGACGGAAGGUCACAUACCCUGUCCUGGUGGUCUGUUUGAAGCGUUUGAGGUUGUGCGAGGAAAGUUGUGCUGCGGCUAUGGCCACUUGAUCUGGGCACAUUCUGUGCACACAUCGGCUAUUCCCGAGCUUACGGCAGAUGGGAGGGGUGAUCUUCGUCUCCUGUCCUCGGUGUUCUUCUUUGCAAGGCACAUGCUCACACCACAUAUGAAGUCCUUCCUUGUAGCAGUAAAAUCUGCCCAUGAGAAUAGAAGUCCGGGUUUCUUUGCACUCCUUUCCAUGAGAAUGGCAGGGUGUUUCUCUUGUGUCAUGUUGUUGCUCUCCUCUCUGCCUUGUGUUUGUGCUUCAGCCUUGAUGCCUAAAUCCUUGCUCAUGCUCUCUAGCAGCCUUUGCUUGUGUAAUUGCCGUCCAUCUUGUCUUUUCACUGAAAGGACUGAAGUCCUGUGUUCCCAGUUCCUUGGGUGGUGUUGUGCAGAUGGAGAUCUCCCGUUUCUCCAUCAACCUCAGUCUGCAUGCACCUUUUCCUUCAUCCUGUCGGACCACAAAUAUGGCAUAUGCUUCAAUAUUUGUUUUCAUCAUUGCUGCUUUCUUUCUUCCGCGUCUCGGAUACCCUGAAACACAUGUUUGGCGAGAAGUGGAAAUGCUAUCGUCUGUCUGCAGUGAAAUGAUAUCCUCUCCGUCGCUCGCUUGAAGAAUCCAAUGCCUUGUUUAUUUGUAUUUGAUGGCCCUAGGCAGAUUCAGAUUCGUGUCAUGGAAUUUGAAGCCCCUGGUGGGCCUGGUGCCCAUCCUUCACUCUCAUUGUCUCUUAUAACUCUGUGUCUACUCCCGUUUGCUUAUGCUA